GUGUUCCUCCAGCAGCCAAUGGGAGCUCUCAGAUAGGCAGAUCUUCCUCCUUGUGGGGAGCAGCCUGUUCUCUGACUGAAAUACUCUUCACUUGCAUCUCUGCUGAGCUGGUAGCGAUGAGUUUUGGCUGGGACUUGGCUCUGCUUUGCUAUUUAAGUCUAUGGGACUUAGCCAGGACCUCUAAUGUUCUCUACCUGGAGAAACCGAAUUCAACCACCAGACCUGGAUUUCCCAGACCCAUGAACCCCAAUGACCCUGGAGUUCGCAGAGCCACUCGCUUUGGGGUUUAUCGCUAUAACAACAGCUCAAAUGACAUUUUUCUAUUCAAAGAGUCUCGUAUAACCAAAGCAAUGGUGCAGGUUGUCAGAGGGCUGAAAUACAUGCUAAAUGUGGAAAUUGGACGGACAGUGUGUGACAAGAGGGAACACUCCAACUUGGACAGCUGCAACUUUCAGAAGAAGAAAAAUCUGCAACAAAUGUUCAGAUGCUAUUUUGAGGUCUGGACUAUCCCCUGGCUACAGCAAGUCCAAGUGCUGCUUGCUCUCUGUCACUGAUCCAACUUCCCCGGCCACACUGUCCUCAAUGCACUCGCAGCGAGGAUUUUGAUACUGUUUUCUGUUAGCAGCAGAGACCAGUGAAGAAUUGCUGCAAAGAGAUCAUUCCAAUGAAUGGCUGAUUUUCAAGUACGACUCUUUGGGAAGAUAGUUGAAAAAGUCUACACCGCAAAACCCACCAAGUGACAUGAUCUUAAUGAAUCAAGUUAUUAUUUACUGCUGUCCAGCUAAGGCAUUUUGACAAAUUAACUGACCUGUAGAUGACAGCUUUAUUUCUCCAAUUGACACUGGCCCACCAGUCAGAUGGAAAGUAAACUAGAUUCUGGCUGCAUUAGCUGAAACAUUCACAUACAGUCUAAAUGGACCACAGUGAUCAGCUAUCUAUAACUUCAGCUGCUGUAUGGCAGAAAUGACACAAACUAGGCAGCACUUACACAUUAUCAACAAUAACCUAUCCAUGCACAUGAUGAGAGAUCGUAGGGUAAAUGCUGUUUGCAAUUCUAAGAGGAAUAAAAUGUCAAUCAUUCUAUAUAAAGACAUGCACAGUUCUAUUUUACUGAACUUGGAUACUUGAUUUUUUUUAAUUCCUCUGGGAAUUAAGCUACAGUCUGUUCAAUGUCCAGUUAUUCACCUUUUCCACUUUAAAUGUGGGUUGGCAAGAACUCAAGUCUAAGAGGAUGAAUCAGCUCCUAAUGGCACUUGAUAGCCCUUCAUCGCUCACUCUUCUCAUCGGAGCUUCACUAGGAAUGGCCAGACCCAUUGGGCCAUCAGCCAGGGCCAGACCCCAUACCACAUACUCUGAAACCAUGAGUCUCUGAUGCCUGAAGUAAUGGACUAAGGCAGAGAUGGUCAAAGUAUUUAGGUGCCUAACUCUCCUUGAACUCAAUAUGAGAUAAGUGUCUAAACACCUUUGGAGGAGCUCAGCCCUAUGUCCUCUAGCCGUAGCAGCCUCCAAUCUUAUCUAGACCAGCCACAAGAGGGGGACAAGGACCCACCCUCCCAUAUUCUGAAGUUCCUCCUUCUUUCAAACACCUCCCUGCAUCCCUAGAGCAGCCUGUGGCACUCAAUCCUCUUUCACGCUGCAGCAGGAGCGCCCGUCUUGGCAAACAGCUUCACUUUGACAUGGGCUUCUGCCUCCAGCCACCACUUAGACUUGGCAGACCCCACAAAGCCAGUGGAGACUGAGUAGGGGCAGGAUGGAACCCACAUCA